AGCAAAUUAGCUUGAUAACAUAGUAAAAUGAGUCAUUAUCGAGCACUUCUGUUGGAUAUUUCACAGCAUUUAACAGCUGAAGAUCUUACCUCGCUUAAAUAUCUUUGCAAAGAAAUUAUUCCGGCCGGAAGAGCAGAGAGAAUUACUAGUGCACUUGAGUUCUUCUCAGAGCUUGAACGUCGGAAGCUGCUCUCGGACGAAAAUCGACACUUUUUGGCUUCAAUGCUCAAUACUAUCAAAAGAGAUGGCUUGGGGAAUAGACUUUUAGAGAUUCAAGCAGAACAGAGGCCUUUCCCAAACUUAAAUGACAUGCGCAGUGUCUUGCCAAAUUUUCCUCCACAUUGUGACCCCAGAAAGCAAACUGAGUCUGGUAGUACAGUACCACCCUACCAACCUUGGACUUCAUCAAAUCCAAGCCUUCCACUUUUCUCGCCCCCACCAAAUGUCACAAGUGGUUUGGAUCUAUCCAAUCAAAGACUUCCACCUUUCUCCAACCCACAGGCCACUAGAGGUGGUUGGAUUUCUGGUCAUCCUGACCCGACUGGUCUGCCAUCUCAAAGUACUGCUCCAAUAUAUCAAGGGGCUAUAUAUGCUGACCCAAACCAUCCCUAUUACAGGCCUCUUUCUCCAGGCACUGGGCAAAAUCCCCUUUCUCACUCUUCAACUACAGCUGUUCCAUCUGUUAGUGCAUCUCAAAGACCUCUGGUGCCUCAAACUGUUGGCAAUGUAGAGCCCCAACAAAUUAUUAUUGCCUCAGGUUACAGUAAUCCUUCCCUUGUCAUCCCCUCAGCAUCUGGAGCAGGUCAGCUAAGUUGUUCCAGUGAUGCAAUAUAUCAAAGAUCACAAAGUGAUUCAACUCUUGUCAAUCCAUCUAGUCCUCAUCAUGUACAAAAGUCUCAACCUAGCAUAGACCAAUAUGUUUCCUAUCCUGGGCCACUUCCUCAAGGCACCAUGGUGAAUCCUUCUCCUCAGUCUUCACCUCCAGCUGUCCCAUCUGAGAGGGCAUCACAAGGAGCUUCAGUGAUUCCAAAUGUUGGCAAUGAAGUACUCCAAGCACCAACAGCUGCCUCAGGGUUCAGUAAUCCUCCCCCUUUUGUUUCCACAGCAGGUGUGGCAGGUCAGCAUAAUCCCAAUGAUGCAUCAAAUCAGAGGCUACAGACUGAUUCAACACUGACUGACCCAUCCCCAGGUCAUCCUGUGAAAAUCUCUCAACUCAACAUUGAAAAUCCCUCUCUUCAAUCUCAACCUUCAGCUGCUCCCUCUGGAAGUGAGAUUGCAUCUCUGACAGACCACACUUCAACAGAUGCUGCAACACAGGAACUUCCUGGUUCAACCUCAAGACAGGUGAAGAAGCACCCUGCAUUAGAGGGGUCUGCUGGACUGGAUGCCGUAGAUCAUCCUCCCAAUGGAAGCAUGCACAAAUUUUUGUAAAAUACAUAAAUUGUAACAAUGUCAAUUGUCAGCAUUGCCACCAUUAGAGGGGUCUGCUGGACUGGAUGCCAUAGAUCAUCCUCCCAAUGGAAGCAUGCACAAAUUAAAUAAAAACACA